GGGAUACGAGCCUGGUCGCCAACGAAACAUGUCGAACACAGUGACAACCACCGUCUCUGACAGCGAGGCCGUGCGCCUUCCGUCGCCCACAGACAGGACGGAGCUGGAGCCGGCGCCAAUUUACGAUGUUUAUGAACUGUCCGACGACCGCACACAGACGCUGCGAGGAUUGCUCGAGAAAGGCCAUACGACCGUGGCACCGCUGCGGAAUCCACAACUCAUCCUCCACAGCCAUCUGCCACAUCUUCUAGGUUCUGCAUAUGUGCUGGGCGCCGAUGGCGAGCAGCUGACCAAGACCUACGAACACGACAUCAAGUCUUUGGUCCGGAUCGACGAGACUUUUGUCCGGGGUGACAAGAUCACCAGGGGGAACUGGAGACAGUUCCUCGGGAACAAGGAGUAUACCGUGGCUUACGUCGACUUCUUCGACGAGGAGGUACAGAAGAACGGCGGAGACUGGGAAAAAGUUGUCCAAGAGUACCUCUAUUCGGGGGAUGAGCCCCUCAUCAAUGGCUUCUGCGGCGGUCUCGGGCACCCUUUCAUACAUCUGGCGUAUGGAUACGAGUUCCGGAUCCCCGAGGUCGUCACGCAGGCAUUGAGUCUCGGGUGCACCGAGUACGUCGUGUGCCACGGACUGAUUGACAACCCCCCGCCAAUCCCACCACCAUACAAGACCCGCAGCCUCGCCGAGGUCAUCAAACGCGUGCAGCAAGACCGGCGAUUCGACGGAAUCGUAGAGUUCCCCGGCACGGUAAACUUUGGCAUCGUGCUGCAGCACCGCUUCGAGGCGUUUAUGGAGCAUUGGAACGCCUGGGAAGUCGCCGAUCCCGUCCAGCAGUUCGAACAGUGUUGCGACCUCUCGGUUGUGUUGGCGAUCAGCCCCUCAGACUAUGGCGUUGGGAAGUACGACUUCUUCUACGCCCACAUCAUGACCGUCGCCCACGCGCUGCGGAUCCUGUUCCACUAUUUCCCGGCCGACAGGAGGGUGUCGAUCCUGCGGCAAUACGCCUUCUUCACCAUCCUGAUCUACAUCCUCCAAAACAGACUCUCCUUCGGACUGGAACGCCUCGAAUCCGUCGAAACCAACGGCCGGGACUGGGACUCGAUCACGCAGAGCGCGCUCCAACACCGGUGGGCGUUGGACGACCACUUCUUCAAGGUCGUGCGAGCCAUCAAGGCAUUUGCCGAGACGUAUGGCGAGAAGGACGGCUUCUAUCUCAAGGCUGCCACCAAGUACGUGACGGAUUUCAACGGCUGGGAAGGGUUUGGGGAGGGCGUCAUGGGCUUUCUUCCGAGUCGCGAUGGGUAUAUUCCAGCCUAA